AUGUCAUCGAAUAUUGUUCAUCGUUUACGUACAUGGUCUUCAAAACAAAUUUUUAUUGUUUUUGCUGCUUUUCUUGUUUAUUUUCUUGCUGAUGGUGUAACAUUUUCCUUCGGACUCUAUGUUGAUGAACUUAUUCGUGAAUAUUCAGAAACAAAAUCAAAUACUGUGUUAAGUGUAAGUACUAUUGCUGCACUUACACAAUCUGUACCUCUUCUUCUAAGUCCAUUUGUAUGUUGGUGGACAACAAAAUUUGGUGCUAGUUCAGCAUCAUUGAUUGGUUGUAUUCUCUCAUUUAUUGGAUAUUGUUUUCCAUUUAUUUUUCAAUUUAAUAAAACAUUUUGGAUACCAGCUAUAGGUUAUGGAUGUUUAUUAAGUGUUGGACUUGCAUUUUGUUAUGUACCUGCUUAUUUAACUUUACCGUUCUAUUUUGAAAAUGAUCGAGGUUUAGCAACUGGAUUAGCUGUAUCAGGAAGUGGAUUUGGUCAAGUAGCUUUAUCAAUUAUUAUUAAAGCAUGUAUUAUUGAAUAUGGAUGGCGUAAUGCAUCAUUCAUAACAGGAACUCUCUUUCUCUUUAUGCUUAUAUCAGUAUUUGCAUUUCGACAAUCAACUACUUCUGCUCGUUCAUCUCUUCCUAAAAUAGAAAUGAAUGAAAUUUCAACUAAUCCUUUAACAACUAUAACAGUGAAUAAUGAAUUUUCACGAGAAGAUGAACCAUCAAUUGCACCAUCACAACCUCGUCGUUCUCGUGGUAUGACUAUUGCUCAAGUAUUGCCACUUUUUAUCUCUACAGUACCUGUUCGUGCUGGUAUUACUAUUCCUUCUAUUGAAUCAAUGACUGUUAGUCCACACUCAUCAAAUACUCGUCCACGUAAUUUUACUGUUUGUACAGAACCUUUAUCAAAUCGUUCUACAACUAUAACAGAUUUUCAAAGAACUCGAGCUAAAACUAUUGCUGUUCCACUUCCAACUAUACGAAAAUUUGAUGGAUCUCUCGAACGAAUUUAUCCAUCUGCUCGACCACUUCCACUUGCACCUAUCGCUUCAUCUGAAGAAAAUAUUGAUGAAGAAAAAAAAUCAUUAUCACCAUCAUCAUCAUUAUUAUCUUUCUCAGUUCCAUCAGUACCAUUAGAACAAAUAGAUGAUCAAUUAGAAAAAUCUUCCAAUGAAAAACAUUGGUUACUCAAUAGUCGAUUUCUUCUUUUUUGUUUAUCAAAUUUUACUUUAUGUCUUGUGAUGGGUGUUCCAUAUGUUAUUAUACCAAGAUAUAUUUCUGAAACAUUUCGCAAUGAAAAUUAUUUAGGAUCAUGGAUAUUAUCUAAUGUUGGUAUUGCAUCAGCUGUUGGACAAAUUUUACUUGGUUAUUUACAUGAUCGAAAAAUAUUUCCCGCUUGGAUUAUGUAUACACUUGCAGUUAUUAUAUCUGGUAUAUCAUUAAUUAUUCUUCCUCUAUUUCAUUACAAAUCCAUUAUUCUUCUUUGUGGAUUUAUGUAUGGCUUAACAAUUAGUGCUAAUUAUGCUUUACAAAUGCUUAUUCUUAUUGAUGCUGUAUCAAUAGAUAAUAUGUCAAAUGCUUUUGGUAUAUUACAAUUUUGUCAAGGUAUAAGUACACUUAUUGGUAUACCACUUCAAGGUUUAUUACGUGAUGUUACUCGUACAUAUAAACUUCCUUUUCUUACAUCAGGUUUUAUUAUAAUUCUUUCUGGUAUAAGUAUGGUCUUUUGGCCAUGUUUUAAAACAACAAAUAAGAAAAAAAAUGUAUAA